AUGCAGCUAAUAAAGCCCAUUUUCCUGCUCUCCGCCCUGCCCUACGUCCUAGCAGACUGGCAAUAUCUCUCUCGCCCAGACCUCUCACCCCCACGAUUAAACAUCACUGUCCCCGCCAAAUCCGCCACUGAAGACGGCUACAUCUUCAUCACUCCUUCCACCGGCUUCUCACCAGACAGCGUCGGCCCAUCACAGCCAGGCGCCUACAUCCUGCGCGACAACGGCGACCUCGUCUGGUCCGGGGUUGGGUAUCUAGCCGGGAACAUCGCGAAUUUCCGGCCUACGGUUAUCAAUGGGAGGGCUGUUCUCAAAGCCGCGCAGGGGUUGUUGAGCGGAUCGCAUGGUCGCAUGUAUGGGAAUCAGGCGGUUCUAGGCCAGGAUUAUGAAACAGUGAAGAUUGUUCGCGCUGCCAAACAUCGGCUGGUUUCUGUUCAUGAGUUUGAGGUUGUGGAUGGGGGGCGGAGUGUUCUUGUUGAGACGCCGGUGCCUGUUCCGCUUGAUUUGGGGGAGUUUGGGGGUGAAGAGGGGCAGGAAUGGAUUUUGAGUAGUGGGUUUCAAGAGAUCGAUACUAACACUGGGGAGCUGCUGUUUGAAUGGUACAGCCUGGACCAUAUCAGCCCUAAGUACAGCGCCCUCCCCCUGCAACAAACCGGUCCCUUCAACGCAUACAACUCAGAAGACGCCUGGGACUACUUCCACCUCAACAGCGCCGCAAAAGACCGCGACGGCAACUACCUAAUCUCAGCACGAAACUACGCCGCCAUCUUCAAAAUAAACGGCACCUCGGGCGAGGUCAUCUGGCAACUCGGCGGCACGCACGGAUCAGACUUCGAGGUCCCAUCUAAUGCGCACUUCGCAUUCCAGCACGAUGCGCGGAUCCGGUAUAUCUCUGAGGAUGGACUAACCGAGCGCAUCUCCCUCUUCGACAAUGAGGGGCAUUCGCAGUUCGAGCCGGGCCAUGGGGUUGGCGGGUCUUCGAGAGCGAGAUACAUUGAGCUAAACCAUACCGCUGGUACAGUGCGCGAGAUCCAGACUUUCUGGGCGCCUGAUGGCCUCGUUGCCAAUUCGCAGGGGAAUGCGCAGUUUCUGCCUGGUGGCAAUGUCUUUGUCAACUGGGGGCAGGCUGGUGCAGUCACGGAGUUUGGGCCGGAUGGAGAGGUUCUCUUCCAUGCUUACCUUGAUUCGUAUCCGAACAAGGAUGUGCAGAGUUAUCGUGGGUUUCGGAGUCCUUGGACUGGGUAUCCUGGUGAGGAUGUUGCGGUUCUAGCGCUGGGGGACUCGAGUGGUGAGGUGGUGGUAUAUGUUUCUUGGAAUGGGGAUACGGAAACUGAUAUCUGGCGAUUCUAUCUCGUUGAUGGAGAGACUGGGGCAGAGCGUAAAUAUCUUGGGGAGAAGAAGAGGACUGGUUUUGAGACUGAGUUUCGCGUAUCUUUUGACUUGUCUUCGGAGGAGGCUCUGGAUCGAGUGUUUGUGGCUGCAGAGGCACUCGAUAGGGAGGGCAGGAUCUUGGGAAGAAGCAGAGUGACCGCUCUAUCGGAUAGAACUCCCUAUAUCUUUCAUCUUGGGCUGGACAAGUGGGCGAUAGAGGAUCUAGAACAGGUGCGGUUGGAGCUGUAA